AGCAGACGCUCCCUCAGCAAGGACAGCAGAGGACCAGCUAAGAGGGAGAGAAGCAACUACAGACCCCCCCUGAAAACAACCCUCAGACGCCACAUCCCCUGACAAGCUGCCAGGCAGAUUCUCUUCCUCUCACAUACUGACCCAGGGCUCCACCCUCUCUCCCCUGGAAAGGACACCAUGAGCACUGAAAGCAUGAUCCGGGACGUGGAGCUGGCUGAGGAGGCGCUCCCCAAGAAGACAGGGGGGCCCCAGGGCUCCAGGCGGUGCUUUCUCCUCAGCCUCUUCUCCUUCCUGCUCGUGGCAGGCGCCACCACGCUCUUCUGCCUGCUGCACUUUGGAGUGAUCGGCCCACAGAGGGAAGAGUUCCCCAAGGACCUCCCUCUAAUCAGCCCUCUGGCCCAGGCAGUCAGAUCAUCUUCUCGAACCCCGAGUGACAAGCCUGUAGCCCAUGUUGUAGCAAACCCUCAAGCUGAGGGGCAGCUCCAGUGGCUGAACCGCCGGGCCAAUGCCCUCCUGGCCAAUGGCGUGCAGCUGACAGAUAACCAGCUGGUGGUGCCAUCAGAGGGCCUGUACCUCAUCUACUCCCAGGUCCUCUUCAAGGGCCAAGGCUGCCCCCCCACCCAUGUGCUCCUCACCCACACCAUCAGCCGCAUCGCCGUCUCCUACCAGACCAAGGUCAACCUCCUCUCUGCCAUCAAGAGCCCCUGCCAGAGGGAGACCCCAGAGGGGGCUGAGGCCAAGCCCUGGUAUGAGCCCAUCUAUCUGGGAGGGGUAUUCCAGCUGGAGAAGGGUGAUCGACUCAGCGCUGAGAUCAAUCGGCCUGACUAUCUCGACUUUGCCGAGUCUGGGCAGGUCUACUUCGGGAUCAUUGCCCUGUGAGGACGACGAACAUCCAUCCUUCCCAAACCCCUCCCCUGCCCCAAUCCCUUUAUUAUCCCCUCCUUCAGACACCCUCAACCUCUUCUGGCUCAAAAAGAGAAUUAGGGGCUUAGGGUCGGAAUCCAAGCUUAGAACUUUAAGCAACAACACCACCACUUCGAAAUCUGGGAUUCAGGAAUGUGUGGCCUGCACAGUUAAGUGCUGGCAACCACUAAGAAUUCAAACUGGGGCCUCCAGAACUCACUGGGGCCUACAGCUUUGAUCCCUGACAUCUGGAAUCUGGAGACCAGGGAGCCUUUGGUUCUGGCCAGAAUGCUGCAGGACUUGAGAAGACCUCACCUAGAAAUUGACACAAGUGGACCUUGGGCCUUCCUCUCUCCAGAUGUUUCCAGACUUCCUUGAGACACGGAGCCCAGCCCUCUCCAUGGAGCCAGCUCCCUCUAUUUAUGUUUGCACUUGCGAUUAUUUAUUAUUUAUUUAUUAUUUAUUUAUUUACCGAUGAAUGUAUUUAUUUGGGAGGUCGGGGUAUCCUGGGGGACCCAAUGUAGGAGCUGCCUUGGCUCAGACAUGUUUUCUGUGAAAACGGAGCUGAACAAUAGGCUGUUCCCACGUAGCCCCCUGGCCUCUGUGCCUUCUUUUGAUUAUGUUUUUUAAAAUAUUUAUCUGAUUAAGUUGUCUGAACAAUGCUGAUUUGGUGACCAACUGUCACUCAUUGCUGAGCCUCUGCUCCCCAGGGGAGUUGUGUCUGUAAUCGCCCUACUAUUCAGUGGCGAGAAAUAAAGUUUGCUUAGAAAAGAAA